CUUGACGUCACGAGCACUACCGGAUGUCGGUCGGUGACUUGUUGUCAGUAGUUCUUUGCUUUUAAGUUCGUCUGGUCGAUUUCCAGUUUUGAGCGCAGUCGAGUCGACAUGAAGCCGCCACCUCGCACGCGCAACAAACCGGAUCGGAACCUGAACCCGAACCCUGAGCCAACCCAAUCCAGGCAAGCCUGCGCUUGGUCCCGAAAGGAGCAGAAGAUGCUGUUAGACGCCCUGAGGAGGCAAGGCUCUUCUUGCGGCGGAGACUCGCCGGGGAACAUCGACUAUAGUCUGCUUAAGAAGGAUGUUCCUUCUCGCUCCGAUUCUGAGAUCUGGUCUGUGGUGCAACGCCUCCAGGACAAGGUGAUCUCUGGCGCCAUCUUGCAGCUGAAGACCAGGACACUGGCAGAGAAGAAGAUGGCGCCCAUCCACACGUGGACCCGUUUGGCCCGCGUCGUGUCCGGGAACUUCGACGGUCCGCUUUCCAAGGCGUUCUCUCAGAUCUGGACUGUGGCAUCCACAGAGCCGCACACCCUCAGGAACUGCCAACCGCCGCGGCUGGAAGCAGCACAAAGCGACGUCAGAGAUUGUACCGCCCCUCUCGGACCAGCGCCGGCCCAAGUCCCAUUCAAGAGGCCAGUAGCCAGCACGGGUCCGGCGCCAUCCCUAGUGGUCCCGGUUGAGCAGCCGAGCCUUUCGGGUAUGACCGCCUCCAAAGACUUCAAGGUGGACUUUGAGAGGAUUUACAACUAUCUGAGUGGCGUCCACAACCCUGAGGGCGAAUGUGAGCUUACAGCCACAGAGAGCGCCAUUGUCUUGGACCUGGUGAUGUCUCUCCCGGAGGAACUGGGCCUCCUGCGCUGCCAAAGCCUGCGCCAACAUCUCAUCCAGGCGCACCAGAACUUGUCCGAAGCCGAGGAUUCUGAGAAGGCCCGAAAAGUGCUGACAGAGCUGGAGAGUAAGCGGCAGGAAAGCAAUCGGGAGCCUCAGCAGAACGUCGAAGACGGCGCCGCAGGGCCAGCAGAGGGGGGCGGCGAACCUGCGUGGACGGGACUGUGCCCCCCACUCAACCCUUUCAUGAUUCCACUGGAGCUGCUGAAGCGAAGAUCGGACUUCACGUUGCUUUGACGCACGCGACAUUGUUGUUGAAUUUGUACAUUCAGUUUUGUAUCGCUGUUUUUGUUUGUUUUUUUGACCCAAAUAAAAUGAUCUACUCAAACGGCU